UUAACAUUGCUCACGGUUAUUCUCUCCAUGGGAACAUGUGAGCCCAAAAGUGAUUUGCUCCCAACAUUAGUCAGGUGCUCUCAAACCUCAGCUGCGUAGAGAAUCGCACCAGUAAUAUGAAGGUUAUGGGUCGGAUUAAAUCCUUUUGGAAAAUGUGAAACUUUUGGAAUUGCUUAAAUAUUGUUGGUCUACUCAAUAAUAGUUUCUUCAAAUGUCAUUUUAGAGUGAUGGCUAAUUUGAAAAUGGCAUGAUUUUUUUAAAUUUUAGGUUUGGCCAUAAUCUACUCUUCUCCUAUGCUACCAAAGAGUCCAAAACACAGUUGAAGCAGUCAGCAUGAGAGGGCUUCAUGGUAGAGAUCCAGGACUAUCCAGUGUUAGUUAACUUCUACUAGCAUUCUAUUGCAAAUCCUGCAUUCUGAUUGGCUAUAUUUGACUCUACUAGUUUUGUUGGAUUUCAGCACAGCCUUUGACACUGUUAAUCACAAGAUUUUGCUUGAAAGGCUGCAGCACGACAUUGGCAUUUCCGGAGUACCCCUGCAAUGAUUUAAGUCAUACUUGUCUAAUAGAAGUCAAAGGAUUGCAGUUCAGGGAAUGUUAUCUCGGCUUUUUGAUCUUGAUUGUGGCGUUCCCCAAGGUUCCUGCCGUGGCCCGUUGCUCUACGUCAUCUAUGCAUCAAAGUUGUUCAACAUCAUUGAGUGACAUCUUCCUGACGCGCACUGCUACGCUGACGAUUCUCAGUUAUAUCUAAGCUUUAGACUAGCGGAUGGAUUGUCAUCUCAGACUGAUGCCAUUCAAGGAAUGGAAAAAUGUAUAGAGGACAUGCGGCACUAGAUGGUUAGCGAUCGUCUAUUACUGAAUGAUGAGAUGACGGAAUUUCUGGUAAUUGGCACUUGUCAACAACUGAGCAAAUUCGCACCACUCCCUUUAAGAGUUGGAACAAUGGAUAUAGAACCCGGGAAUUGCAUAAGAAAUCUUGGUGCUUGAUUUGAUUCAAUGUUGUCUAUGGAAACUCAUAUCAACAAAGUAAGCAGGAUUAGAUAAUACCUGUCACAAGACUGUCUAGUGACUCUUAUCGAUGUGUUCGUCAUAGGUUGGCUGGACUAUUACAAUAGUGUCAUGUAUGGCCUCCCGCAGUGGCGGAUUUCAAAAUUACAGGGAAUACAGAACCCUACUGCUCGCAUUGCUCUUGACCUUAGUAAAUUCUGCCAUAUAACUCCUGCACUGCGACAACUUAACUGGCUACCUGACGUAAAGAGAAUUCAAUUCAAGAUCCUGCUUCUACCUUUCAAGGCUAUUCACAGUCUCUCUCCUCCCUACAUCAGUGAACUUAUAUCUGUCAAACCCAAAUCUACCUACGGUCUCCGCUCAAACAACAGUAUUCUGCUGCCUCCUCCUACACAGAAAAUGCUGCCUACACUUGGUGCUCGCUUCUUUGCUGCUGCUGCCCCUGUGCUUUGGAGCAAACUGCCUGCUGAUAUUAGAAAUGUUGCUUCCUAUUAAAUAGUUUUAAGAAAUCAAUCAAGACCUUUCUUUUCAAUUAAUCACUUUAAAUUUUUUUUUUUUUUUACUUUUUCUCCAUUCAAUAUUGUAUUUAAUUUUAUAUGAAAUUUUUGUAAAGCGCUUUCGAUCACAUCUGGAAAGAGUGCUAUAGAAAUUUUUAAUUUAUUAUUAUUAUUCAUUAUAACAACCGCCAAAAAUUACGCUAAAAAUGUGCGAAAGAAUACUUCUAAACCAAAUAGUUAAAAGGCUCACUUUUGGUUUCUAUCAAAUUUCUCAGAGUUUUGGUCCUUGAUGAAAUCUUGAGUUUCCUUUUAAUGUGAUUUAAUACCUCUUGUGGUACCAAGUCCAAUAUGCAUUGUCACCUUGCAUAACUGGCAGCUAUUAAAAACUUAUUCCUGCAGUAUAUUUGUUUAAUAAAUUAUUAUUAUCAUUAUUAUGAAAUGGAGGUUCAACAAGGAAAAAAGGUAAUGAAAUUUUUGGUCAGCAGUUGUUUUAUUGCUUGUUAUAAAGCGUGAGGGUUUGAGAUCGUGUAUAAUGUAAGCAGAAGGCAUGUGUUGAAUUCAGCAAUAAAAACAAUGCAGCCGAGAUU